GCGCGCGCCGGAACAGUUGGCCUCGGGGCCCCGCCGCCCGCGCGACCGCCCGCCGGCGCACGCGGAGGAGGUGGCGGCGGCCGCAGAAGGAGGAGGGCAGCGCGGAGCGGGAGGUGAGGCGGAGGUGGAGGAGCAGGAGCGGGAGCGGGAGCAGGAGCAAGAGCGAGGCGGAGCAGGCGGCGGCGGUGGAGGAGAAGAGCGGCCAGGAGGAGGAGGAGGAUGGAGGAGCAGCCGAAGGAGGGCGAGGCCGAGGUCGCGGAGCACUGGUUCUCCAAGUGGGAACGCCAGUGCUUGGCCGAGGCCGAGCAGGAGGAGCAGCUGCCCCCGGAGGUGGAGGACGAGGCGGCCGCCGAGGCAGCGGGGCUCAAGAGCGAGCAGCAGAGGCUGUGGCACCUCUUCCAGAUCUCUGCCACCGCCGUGGCCCAGCUCUACAAGGAUCCCGGCUGCCAACAGCCAGGACUGUCCGUGUGGGACCCCUUCCAGAACGCGGCCAUGGCCGUGACCAGUCUCUACAAAGAGAGCGGGGACGCCCACCAACGAAGUUUUGACCUGGGCGUCCAGGUUGGCUACCAGCGUCGCAUCAAAGACGUGCUGGAGUGGGUGAAGAAGGGCCGGAGCACCAUCCUCCGCGAAGACCUCAUUAGCUUCCUGUGCGGCAAAGUGCCCCCCGCCCCGCCCCCGCCGCGCACCCCCAGGACGCUCCCGAAGCCGCCCGCCUCGGCCGCCAGCCCGGCCGCCGCCACCGAAGCCAGCUCGGCCGUCGAGGUCGACCUGCAGCCUUUCCACGAGGCCAUCGCCGUGCAUGGCCUCAGCGGUGCCAUGGCCAGCAUCAGCGUGCGAGCCGGCGCACCCGGGUCCCCGACCCAGGCCAGCGGUGUCGCCGGCAGCGUGGCCGGCGGCGGGCGCCGGAAAAGCAGCCUCCUCGAGGACGACUCGAACCCCUUCAACGCCGAAGAACUGGCCCUCCGCCUGGACAGCGGGGGGACCCGCAAGCGCCCCUCGGCCCAGUGCAGUGACAGUGUCACAGGCUCCCCAACCCACAAGCGCAACCGACUGUUCUGAACGGCGUCGUUGGCCACCAGCCGCCAUCUUACUUGAGCAUUAACUCGACCGUCAACGUGCUCGGCGAAAGGACACUCGGCGACCGUCUCUCUUCUCCAAGUUCAACAGAGAUUUCUGCCAAGUUCGCCGUAAAGAAACUUUUAAAGUAUUGUACAAGAGGCCUCGGAUGACUCUGACUUUCCCAAACAUCUAAUCCUAGCAGAGAACAAGUAUUAUGUAGUCGUUUAGCAAGAUCAGAAGAAACCAGAAAUAUUUGGUCAGAGCGGGAGCCUGGUUUAUCUUGUUCACAGUUAUAUUCCUUAGCACCGAGCACAGUUGCUGGUGCUCAAUAAAUGUUUGUUGAGUGAAUAAAUGUGACCUUAUUUAAAAUUCUUAAAGGGGAAGGACUAACAGGUGUUUACUUGGUUGUAGGAUACUUUUAUCCGCUGUUGUUAGGUUCUUUGCUUUAGCCGUUUUUGCCAGUUUGAUUACAUGUUAUCAAAACGUAAAACUUGGCACCUUGGUGAAAUCUGCAGCUUUCUAUUUUUGCUCCACUUUACUAUGCACAUAAUUUGUACAGAGUGUCCAAGUCAUAUUAGGCAGUGAGGUGCUUUUUUCUUAAAGAAAUAGCUGCUUAUUUUGGUGAUUGUGUGGUGGUGCAAAGGGGCCCUGUUAUGAUUGGGCAGGUAAUACUUGAUGCUGAGUCAGUUCAGUGCUCUUUAGGAAAAUUAAGCCAACGAUUGAGAUCCUGAGGUCAAAGAUGGUCGUCCUGGUGGCCCAGUGGUGCUCCUUGUUCCUAGGAAUGUAAAAAGUUCCUUUUUCUGUGGUUACAUCUUUUUGGUGAUCUCUGUUUUGAAUUGGAAGACGGAGUAGUCAGACUGACCUGGGUUUGGUAUAAGGAUGUGGCGGGACACAACUAAAAGAGCAUGAGCUUUGUAUUAAAAGGACCAAUGGUAGCACCCCAGGCCCACAACUUCACCGCAUGAUUUUGGGCAAAUCGCUUCGUGUUGGUUGACCUCCGUUUUCCAUCUGUAAAAUGGAACUGUGUGUCUCCGACAGGAGUCACGAGGAUGAGAUGAUGUCCAUUUUAAGUAGCACGGUGCUUGACACCCACAGGUACUCAGUAAAUGUUCUCCCUUCUCUAUAAAUAAAAGUCAGUGCAACGUUAAAGCCCACCAUAUUUUAGAAGAAGCCAGGAAAACAUUCAUUUAGAAAUCAGA